AUGAUGGAAUCAAACAGAUUGCAAGCCCAGAACGUGGGCAUCUUAGCCAUGGAAAUAUACUUCCCAAGCACAUACGUCUCUCAGUCUGAGUUAGAGACAUUCGACGGUAUCCCAGAGGGCAAGUACACAAAGGGAUUGGGCCAGACAAACAUGGCUUGCGUUGGUGAUAGAGAGGAUAUUGUGUCGAUGGCAUUGAACUCGGUGACAUUGCUCAUGUCCAAGAAUAAUGUGCCAUACACAAAGAUUGGUAGGAUGGAGGUCGGCACUGAGACCAUCAUUGAUAAGUCAAAGUCGAUCAAGACGCAUCUGAUGUCGCUGUUCCAGGAGCAUGGCAACACGAGCAUUGAGGGAAUCGACACGUUCAACGCAUGCUAUGGUGGCACGUCCGCUUUGUUCAACAGCGUUCAGUGGAUGGAGAGCAGCUAUUGGGAUGGUCGCUACGCGCUCGUCAUCACUGGAGACAUUGCCGUCUAUGCCAAGGGCCCUGCUCGUCCCACUGGUGGCGCCGGUGUCGUUGCCAUUCUGGUCGGCCCCAACGCACCACUCGUCAUGGAGCAAGGUCUGCGCGGCACUCACAUGGAGAACGUCUAUGAUUUCUACAAGCCCGACGGCAAGAGCGAGUAUCCCUACGUCGAUGGCAAGCUGUCGAUCGAGUGCUACUUCCGUGCACUGGAUAUCUGUUACGCCAACUACAAGGCGGCGUUCGAGAGGAAGCAUAACACUCCAUUCUCCAUGGACAACGUCGACUACAGCGUACUGCACUCUCCAUUUGGCCGCUUGGUGCAAAAGUCUUUCGGCAGGAUGUACUUCAACGACUACGUGCUGGCUGGCGGGCCAGCCGACCCCAACCACAGGAUGAAGUCGCACUUCCAGGAGUUCGAUUCCAUUGGUCUGGGAAAGGAGUCGUAUGCCAACCCCAAGCUCGAGCAGGCUGUGCUCAAGAUCUCUGAACAAGACUACAAUUCCAAGGUGGCGCCAGCUUCCACCCUGCCAAAGGAGCUUGGCAACUGUUACAGUGGCUCGGUCUAUGCCGGCAUCCUGUCACUGCUCACCAAUGUCGAGCAGUUGGACAACAAGCGUAUCCUGAUCUUCUCCUAUGGCUCUGGUCUGGCCGCCUCAUUCUUCUCGUUCAGGGGUAACGGAGCAGCCCAGAAUCCCGACUUCCCCUCGACAACCAACAUUGGCAAGAUCGCCAACAUCACUCAGCGUCUUGCCGACAGAACCAAGAUCACUCCUGAGGAGUUCACAAAGAAACUUCAAUACAGAGAGGACAAUUGUACUAAAUCAGCCUAUACUCCAGCCGACACAACCGAUGGCAUUGCGGCUGGACAUUACUACCUAGACAGAGUGGAUGACAAGCUCAUCAGACAUUACUCCAAGAAG